AUGGAUGAAUGCUUUAGAAUUCUAAAUGAACGAUCGCAGUACAUAAAACUCAUUCGAGAACAACCAAAAGAUGGUUGGUUGCCUUGUUUGAAUGCUCAAAUAAAACUAUGCAAUGGCAUUGCAAGUGUGAAAUGGUAUCGCAAAGAAAGCCCGAAAAAUAUACUGAUAAACGCAAAGUCAGCCCAUCUUAAUGGCAUGAAAAAGGCAAUUAUUCGAAAUAUGGUCAAGACAGCAACAGCAAUGUGCACAGGGGAUAGAGAACGGGAGGAAUCACUAAAACUAGCCACAAGCAUAGCUAGUUCAAGCGGUUACUCGAGAUCGAAAUCUAACACCCAAUCUCGAACUACGAACAAGACAGUGAGGAUCCCACAUGAAGGUAGAAUUCCUUUGUGCAUUCCCUUCGUCUCUGACUCCUUAACUGCUGCUAUACACCGGACUCUUUUGCGAGCGCACCUGUGA